AUGAGAUUCUUGACUUUGUUUUCGAUAUUUUUAAUCGCCAGUGCGAAUAUAUUUGAUGUACAGGCCGGCGUUGGCACAAACCUACCGAGCUUAUCAUUUAAAAGAAUACGUCGAGUUAAGGCUACUACCGGUGGUAGCCGAAAGCUCAGGCCAAGAAAUCAAUCAGGCUUAAUAGAUUUAAAGGACUUUAUUUAUAUAACAACUCUUACAAUUGGAACACCACCUGGAAUAUUUCUCUGUCAAAUAGAUACUGGCUCAUCUGAUUUAUGGGUACCCGACUCUUCGUGUGUCGGACUAGGAUGCUCUAACAAGAACGCAUUUUCUUCCCAAUAUUCCAUCUCGUAUGGGGGUGACGGUGUUCCUUGGAACAUUUCUUAUGUCGAUCAGUCGGCUGCAUCAGGAGUGACAGCAACUGAUACAGUAAUCGUUGGUGGCUUCGUAUUAAAAAGCCAACAAUUUGCUAGGGCAACAAGCAUGAACCAAGGCUUCCAAAGCCAGCCUUCGGAUGGAAUAAUAGGAUUAGGCGGACCUCAAGAUGCUGCUGUUCCAGGGACAGUAACGCCAGUUCAAAACAUGAAAAAUCAAGGUUAUAUAACUACCCGCUCAUUCGGUGUAUGGUUAGGCAAAUCAACCGAUGGCGGCUCAGGAGAAAUUACUUUCGGCGGGUUCGAUCCGGCUCACUUUGUCGGCAAUCUAACUUCGAUUCCUCUUUUCCGAAGCUUUGACAGUACUGGGAUAUGGGUGGUCCUAAUGAGCAAAGUAUCUGUUGGCAGUCAGGACAUCACACUUACACAAGCGAACGGCCUUACUGUUUUAGAUACUGGAACAUCAGUUAUUCUUGCCCCGACCAUUCUAGCGGGUCAGAUUAACACAGCAUUAGGUGGUACUUUCUCGUCCCAGGCACAAGCGUAUACUAUACCAUGCAACCAAAGCCCGCCGGACAUGACGUUUACUUUCGGAACUGCAGCUUUCACCAUCCCAGGCACUGAUUUGGUAGUUAAACAAGGAGGAACAUGCGUGAGUGCUAUUAUUCCAGGCGACAUUGGCGGCGGUUUGUCAUUUCUUCUGGGCGAUACUUUCUUAAAGAACAAUUAUGCCUACUUUGACAUGGAUGGGUCAACUAUCGGACUUGCCCAGGCUAAACGAUAA